AUGGUUUCUACAUUUUCUGCUAUCAUGCUUUCUCUUGUUCUAUUGUUCUCUAUUCAAUCUCUAUGUUCAUCAGCUCUUGAAGCAGCAGCGCCCUCCAUACCGCCUCCUCCAGAGAAAGUUUCUCUAUCCCUCUAUUACGAAACGUUAUGUCCUGGCUGUACAGAUUUCAUAAUCAAAGAUCUCCCUAAGAUCUUCUAUAAGGGACUUAUUGACAUAGUCGAUCUCAAUCCCGUUCCAUAUGGGAAUGCCUUUCUUGACCAAAACAACAAUAUCAUCUGUCAGGACGGGCCGAAAGAGUGUUUUUUGAAUACAGUGGAAGCGUGUGCAAUUCAUGUCUGGCCGGUUCUGAAAGAACACUUCAGAUUCAUUUACUGUUUGGAGGACUACAUUUCCAAGGGAGAGUCAAGUGGGUGGGGUUCUUGUUUAAGAAGAAUGCCGUUACAAGGGAAACCCAUUAGGCCGGUUCCUAUGGGGGUUGGCUAA